AUGAGCACGAUCCUUGACGACAUCGUCGCCACGAAGCGAACCGAAAUCGCGGCGGCCAAAGCGAAGGUGUCUGAAGAGACACUCCGGCGGCAAGCCGCCAGUGCCGAUGCCCCACGCGACUUCUUUGCUGCCUUGUCGGUGCCUGGCACGGUGCGGUUGAUCGCCGAAGUGAAGAAGGCGAGUCCCUCGAAGGGUGUGAUUCGCGAAGACUUCGAUCCGGUGGCCAUUGCUACCACGUACGAGAAGCACGGCGCAGCCUGCAUCAGCGUGCUGACUGACGAGCAGUACUUCCAAGGCAGCUUCAACUACUUGCGCGAUGUCCGCGCCGCGGUGAACAUCCCGGUGAUGUGCAAAGAGUUCGUACUCGAUCGCUACCAGUUGUAUAAGGCCCGCUCGGUCGGGGCCGACUCCGUGUUGCUCAUCGCCGAGUGCUUGAACGAUGCGGAGUUGAACGAUCUUCACUCCGAGGCGAUCGAGCUGGGGAUGACCCCGUUGGUCGAGUUUUACGAGACUGACAACCUCCCGCGGGUGUUAGCGAUUGGGGCCAAGCUGAUUGGGAUCAACAAUCGUAACUUGAAGACCUUCAAGACCGACUUGAAUCACACGAUUGAGCUGCGAUCCCAAAUUCCGGCCGACUGUGCCGUGGUGGGGGAAAGCGGUAUUCGCAACCGUGACGAUGUCGCGCGACUCGGCGCGGCCGGGGUGCAGGCCAUUCUCGUCGGCGAGUCGCUGAUGGCCAGCGAAGACAUCGGGGCCGCCGCACCUGUGGUGCGGCUUGUGCCGGAUAUCCGAUCGCCCGGGGCGUGGCACGAUUGGUCCGACCGGGUUUUCCCUCAGCGCCGGUACAACGGUACGACGAUCGGUGAUAGUGAGCGUAACCAUGGAUGGGGUUGCGCCGGCAUUUUCGAGCCGCGGUUGGAUGGAUCACGGAAGAUGAAGCACUUGGGUACCGCGCGAACAACAAGGGCCCUGGCCCCCUGGCUGGCGCUGGUUCUGAUGGGAGGUGAUCCUCCCCAGGCGGAUGAUGCACUCACCCGCCGUGAGCCAGAUUCCGUCACGCUGGUUCAGGCGGUCGAUCCUAUCCCGCCAGGUCAGACUGCGCCGCACGUGGCGAUGUUUGGCCCGCCACCUACCGGACGGCCUGCGAUUUCGGCGCGUGAAAUCAACAAGCAAUUACUCGAAGCGCCCGCCCUGCCGGGCCCUCAUGCCAAUGCGAAGGUGGUCUUGCCCGUUGAUCAGCCAGUAGACCAAUUCGCGGAGGACGAGCCCGAGCUGGAAGAAGAGUCUUCAGUUGGCGAAGUCGCACUUCCCCAGGUCAUGCUGCCGCCCGUUCGUGACACGGCCACCAUCGUAACUCCGGUUGACGAUGCUUGGGGACAGAUCGUUGCCGAUCCACUGCCUGAAGAGGAAUACCAUUGGGAUGAGGCAGCGCGGGAUAACUUCUCCGAUUACGACCAGUUCUCGACGCUCGAUCGCCCGCUGGACCGAGGUUGGGAGUCGAUUCCCCAGCAAGUCGAACAGCAACCGUUGGCGCAGGCUCCGGCGGAAGAGACCCCGUUCUGGAGAAAGCCAGCCCCCGGUGCUGCCGCGCCGCAAGAAGUCGCCCCGUGGUUGAAACGCGAAGCGCCGCUACCCGGGCCGCAUGAAAACAGCACCGAGCCGCGCGAACCGACUUCGACGCCCGAGUUUGCUUUUCCGGCCGCACCGCGGUACGCCGAUUCGAAUGACGAGUUUCGCGAGCCUCCCACGGUUCCGCUGCCAGAGAUGGAGAUCGACACGCCGCUGGUGGAUCAACCCGUGCCGCAAGUGACGCAGUUGCCAGAAGCAACGCCACCGGUUGUCGCACAGAACGAAGAGCGGCCGGCGAUCGCCGCCCCCAUCCAACAAGACUUGGCAUUUCCGGUUGAACCGUUGGACACUGGACGGCCCAAGCAGCGAAGUCUCGAACUGGAGAUCGUUGCUCGCAACGCGGAUGCCCACACGCAAAGCGGAUUCGAGUUGGCCGGCAAGCUGGCGUACUUCUCGGCCCGAACUGAGUUCAUCAAGUCGCUGCGAAUGCUGUCUGAGGCCUUGGAUGCCGAGAAUCGAACACACGUCCACGGCGAGGCGUUGGCCGCAGGCCUGCUGGCGUUGGAAGAAUCCGACGAGUUCGUUCCGCGAGGUGCGAACCUGGAAGCCGACAUCGACGUGGGGAUGCUGGUCGACGGGCACAAUACACCGGUAUUGAAAGAAACGGACAACGCGGCGGUUAGCCCUUUGGAAGCCCGGCAGCGUUAUUACACGUUUGCCCAACAGAAGCUGGCCGAGUCGAUCGAAGACGAAGUGGCUGGCUCGAUGGCUCUCUACGGGCUGGGCAAGCUGUACUCUGCGCUGAGUGAGGUUAGCGGCGCGACGCCGCCGGCUGCUGAAUCGAAAGCGGUGGUCUUCCAUCAGGCCGCGUUGCUGGCAGUUCCUCAGAACCCGAUGGCGGCCAACGAGAUGGGCGUGUUGCUGGCCAAGUUGGGCCGGCUCGAGCCUGCUCGUGAGAUGUUGAUUCACAGCUUGCGAGUUGCGCCGUUGCCCGCCACGUGGCACAACCUGGCGGUCGUGCAUGCUCGGCUGGGCGAGCACGAACUGGCUCAACUGGCUCACGACGAACACGUUAACGCGGUGAUGAUCGCCAAGAGCCAGCAGGCGAAUCCCGCGACGGCCGGCCCCACGAUGGACUCGCCCGUGAAGUGGGUUACUCCCGAGGAACUCGCCAGUUCGUCCACGCCAACUCACGUGGCCCAGGUUCCUCAGCCCCGUCAGCCGGUGCCUAGCCAGGCGCCGGCAGCUCCGUCCACGGCUGAGCCCGAGUUGAACCAACCCCAGCCCGAGGCCGAGUCGAGCUGGUGGUCGCGGUUACCGUUGAUCAAUCGAAACAAGUCCUCGCAACAGUGA